AUGAGGAUGAUGUUGAGGUCGCGUAUCCCCAUGUUGAGGAAGUUUAACACGGAGAAAUUAACCAUAAUCACGACAAUGAAGAACAAGAAAGAGAAGUAUGAUCUCAUGGAAGAAAGGACAUUACACAACAGAUCGAAGAAGAGACAAUGGUCAGAGAGGAACAGCAUGGCGCAGCAGAGACUAGAAUUGAAGAGAUCGGAGAGGAGCAGUAUAGUGAAGUAUAGACGCGAAAUGACCAGGGUAGUGAAGAUCUUAGAACAGACCAGGAGCCAAAUGAAGAAUUAA